AUGGCUCUCGAAUUCCCACCAAUAUACCUACUCAAGGCCCAUUUCAAGGAUAUUUCCGAACUUAAUGCUCUUGGUAAAAAGAUAGGCGUAGUGUUCAAUACCAAAGAAGAAGCCGUCAAAUUGUUUCUGGCCCAUGAGAAACUCAAAUCUAAGGUGCGAAUAGAAUGGGAGCUUCGUCAAAUUGGCAUUACUACGGAAGCAGUGUUCAGAGGCCCGGGGUUAAAUCAUGGUGAAAAGGAACAAACUCAAAAGGGGUCACCACCACGGAAGCGACGCAAGGUCGAGAAGAAUAGUGAUGGCAGGGAUCUGAUAGUCCUCGAUUCUAGCACUGAGUCUGAGGCUGAGUCCGAGACCGAGUCGGAAACCGAAAGGAAGUCACCAAGGUCUUCUAGGACUACCAGUCCAAGUAGUCCAACGUUAUCCCGAAACUUUCCUACGGAGUCAGAUGGAUUUCCUGCAUGGGACAAGGAUAUCAUCAAAGUUUUAGGAGUUGCUUGGUAUGACGACUCAGUCAAAGCCGGACAGCUCCUGCCAACUGAGAGAUACCUAGUCUAUGAAGGAAGAGUCGUGUCAGCGCCUAAGCCUGCAUGGCGUAUCCACAACAAGCCGCAUGAGCCCCUCAAGAUAUUGCCACUACCUGAAGCAACUGGUGCAAAGCCUUAUGACAAGUACCGAGAUGGGAGAUCCAAACCUCACACCACCAGGGGAAGGAUCCAUACACCACAUCUCAUACACGAGACUACUUCCGACCGCGAAGAGGAGUCUCAAAUUCCAGAUCUUCCAGAUGACCUAAAACAGCCCUACUCUUGCAAACGGCAAACUCCCCUCCACACACCAAAUGAUAGCUUUAUCGCGCAACUGAAACUCAUCAAAGAAGCUCGCCUCCUCACAGACGCCGAGGAGAGUAGCAGCGAGUGGUCUGUUCGCGCCUAUACCGGUGCAAUCUCAUCUAUAGCCGCCUAUCCAUUCAGUCUAACCUCCGCCCGCGAAUUGAGUCGCCUUCCUGGCGUAGGAUCAUCCACCGUGGAGUAUUUCAAGGAGUGGAAACGGUACGGGCACAUCACGGAAGUAGAGAAUAUGAAAAAGGACGAGAGAAUCACGACCUGGCGUAGUUUCUACGGCAUUUUCGACGUAGGGGCAAAAACUGCCAGGGACUGGUACAACAAAGGCUGGAGAGAUCUUGACGAUGUGGCACAAGGUUUUGGCAGUCUCUCAAGGAGCCAGCAAAUCGGCGCUAAAUUCUACGAGGAGUUUGAGGAGAGGAUGUCGAGAGAUGAAGUGGAGAACAUCGGAGCUGUCGUUUUGCAUGAGGCGAACAGGAAAGAACCAGGUUUCGAGAUGGUGAUAUGUGGUGGCUACCGACGCGGGAAGCCCGACAUGGGGGAUGUUGAUGUGGUAUUGACGCAUCGGGACGAGAAUGCUACUCUUAACUUCAUUGGCCGGAUUCGAAAGAGACUAGAGAAAACCGGUCACAUCACGCACUCACUCCGGCAAUUUGAUACGAACAGCAAAAGAGGUCAAGACCCCCUAGCUUGGAAGGGAAAAGUCAAACCAGGAGGCAAGAAAGCGGGAUUCGACACGCUGGAUAAGAUAUUCGUGGCUUGGCAGGACCCGGAAUGGCCUUCCAAGGCAGAAGAUCUGGAGAGGAACCCUCAGGCGAAGAAUCCGAAUAUACAUAGGAGAGUCGAUAUAAUAGUCACGCCUUGGAAAACAGCUGGAUGCGCCAUUGUGGGGUGGUCUGGCGGCAAUAUGUUUGAGAGAGACCUGAGGUUAUAUUGCAGGCAGGAACUUGGAUACAAGUUCGAUAGCAGUGGGGUGAGAAGAUUGGAUAAUGGAGAUUGGGUAGACUUGGAGGCGGGCGCUGAUACUUUGUUGGAAAAGGAGAAGAAAGUAUUUGAGGGGCUUGGCUUGAAGUGGAUUGAACCUACGAUGAGGUGUACCGAAUAA